AUGCCCGCUCCCUCUGAAGCGCCACCACCCAAUGGGGCCCUUCAAGCUCUCUUACGCAAGGUAGUCGGCACCAAUGACACCGGUGUGGCUGACGCUGCAGCCGCUCACGCAUCCACCAAUGGCCACAUCAGUGGAGAGUCCUCUGCGGCCCUCGCAGCAGCCUCACAGUACCUCGCAGAUGGCCUUCGCCAUGCCGAAACGACGCUCCAAGGUCAAGCAAAUGGGCCAGGCGGCCCCUCUAACAGCGAAGAAGAGAUUGCUCACGCCCUCAGUCGCCUUCUGGUCUCGGGCGUCAUCACUCCGCUCAUAAACUCGCCUUCCAACUGGGAUGACGUCCAAGCGCAACAACCCUCCGCCGGUAUCGGCAUUCGUCAAGCCCUGGACACCUUGUCUCGUACGCUCAGUGCAUCGCCCAAAUCCCUCGAGCAUCUCUUCGAGCCAAGCGAUCCCGUCUCUGCCACUGCUUCCACCAGCGCCGUGACGCUUGACAUGACCAACACCACCUUUGACGUGUGGGCGACUCCUCGUCUGUUGUGUGCCGCUGCUUCCAUGCUAGCUGCCAACCGCUCAACCACAGCUCCAGUUCGACCCGACUUUCGGCAAACCUCUACAGACAUCUCUGUGCAGAUCCUCAAUCACUUGCAGCAGCUGCUCUCCACAUCCACUGAAGUGGUCGGCCAAAUCGACAAUGUCCGCUAUGUGCUCGCCGAAUGUCUCAAAGCUGCAGUCCACGCGCUAGCUCAGACAGGCCAGACCUCGUUCGCAUCCACUGCACGCCUUCCGGACUUUGUUGUCCCCUCCGCAUCGCGGCCAAGCACCGCUUCCGCAUCAUCGCCAACGGUGUCCUUCUUCCGCUCUCCCAUAUCUGACCCAUCCUUCCGCCUGUCUUCACGAAAGGAUCGUCCCAGACCCACCGGAAAGGGUCUGGCUGCCCUCUCUUCUCUGCACAUGGACGCUGGCUUUUCUUUCUGCCUCGUUGACGGUGAUGUAGAGUCCAAUUCGAGUACUUUCAAGUCUGACAAUGCUGCCGUCGCCACGAGCAUCGUCAAUCGGGCGAGCGCGUUUUUCCUCGUCUCCAUCGAUCUCUGUCUCCGCCUUGCUAGACAGUUUCCGGUCUACUUCAUGGAUCUGGCGGACCACGCCGUCCUCUUGAUCACCGAGCAUCUACAUCACCGCUGGACGUGUGCCAAGCUAGCCGGAUCGAACCCUGCUCUGCAUAUCCCUUUGGCUCCGCACGUCUAUGUCAUCAUCAGCAACCAUGCUGCAUUCCUCGGCGAAAAUUACUCAAGUAGCCUCACUCGCUCCUUACAGGUAGCGGUGGAGCACGUGUCGUCUCUCACGGAUGCCACAGAUCACCUCGUCGACGACGAGAAACCGCGCGCGGAUCUGGCUCAGUCUUUCAGCUCGAUUGGUGCUUGCUUUAGCGCAUGUCUAUUGCAAUUGUCCCAGCAAAGACGAGAGGAGCUGGCAACGGUCCUGCAGCCCUACCUCACAUUCUUCAUCGGACAGAUGCGGUUGAGAGCUCACUCAGCACUUGAGUCACUGGAUGUCGUGCAACGCUCUGCACAAGCGUGCUUCGUUUCGGCGCUGCUCCUUUCGGCCAUCUCGAGCGGCCAUCACGGUGACCCAUCGUUGAUCGGAGAGCUCGACGGGCAGCUCACGGCCUGGCACAGAUACGCUGCGAAAGAACCACAAGAUCAGGACAAAGUCCAAAGCAGGAUUACGCUCGAGCGACUACCGAGACUUCACCGUCUCUUGCGCCUCCGCAUGAUUGCCGACGCAGGAGCUAGGCAGCCAGGGAUCAAAGACCGAGCUCGACACCUCGUCAACGUUUGCAGAAAACGCAAACUAGACCAUCAAGGAGUACCUCUCAAAACAGCGCUCACGGUCAUCGAUGCCUUGCUUCCUUUGGAUGCACCUCAAUCUGAAUCUGAGGGCGCUUCUCGCUACACCCACGAACUGGCAAGACGGCGCCUAGUCUCGCGAACUUGCAUCCAUGCAGCUCACGGCAAUCCAACGACUGGCUUUUGCGAAUUUUCAACGACAGCUGAGGAUACCAGGCGGGACAACGCACAUGCUGAUGCCACGGACCAACAAUGGUCACCCACAGCCACCGCUGCCAUGUGGAAAGAUGUGCAAACUGCGGUCAGGGCUUCGCGCCUCGUAUCGACUCGAAUUCUCGAUAUGCUACGUCGCUGCGUCGCACACUCACCCAUCGCCAAACCGCUUCCACACAACGGCGACAAGAACGUCGUCAACAUCCUUUCGCUUUCCUUGCGCUCUAAGGUGCGCAGCUCGCGACUCGCCGCCAACGAGCUUGCUCUGGCUUAUCAGACGCGUCUGCUCCAGCAGCGAGCUACUAGCAACGAGGAAGAGUGGAUGGCCGGCUUUCUCCUCGUACCGAAGAGCUACGAAUACCUCUUAACAGAGUCCAGUAUCUCUUACUGUCAGGAGACCGCUCUGAUCGGCAUCGCGCGACUCUUUGCUCUGCCCGUCGAAGCCUGCCAGGAGAUUUGCUUGCUCACCCUCGUCCUGCAUCUCGGCCAUUCGAAUCCUUUCAUCAAAGCAUGUGCUUACACGCAAAUUGUCCAGAUCGCCGCCGCACAACGGUGCACCACCUUCCAGCUCGUCCAGAAGCACUUUGAAAAGGUGUCAACCUCAAUCGUGGAGCGAUUCAUUUCGAUGCCAGACCUGUGGACCAGCUUCUUGAGCUUGAUCAAGAUGAACCAGGCCACCUUCUUCAAUCUGACCAAGGAGUACACGCUGCCCCACCUCAUCACCAUGAUCUGUACUGGCGAUGGCACCGCCGAAGUGGGCACCAAGAUGAUCGAACUCAUCGCUCGAGCUCUCGGCACCGAUGUCCCCCGACUCUGUCACGACAAUAUUACGCCCAUCUUCCGUUCCUUCUUCAUGCGCUCGGCCACGCUGCGCGAUCUCGGACUCAACACUCUCGUUCAGCUCAUCGGUGUGGAUACAGCCAGUCUCAAGGUGCUUCUGCGCAGUCGCCAAUCUGAUGUAGUCGGCUACCUCGUCGUUAAGCUCGGCAAUCGCGCCACACGCAUGGAGGCCUACGCAGGGCUCGAAUUCAUCAUCGAGACCAUCAACGGCACCACAGCGGCUGCGAGAUCCAAGGACGCGCAGCUGCGGAAAUCCAAAGUGGCCGGCUUCCUCAAAGGCGAAAUCCUUGCCAUCCUCACCUGGAUCAACCAGGAGCUGUCGGGCGAGCACGGGAGGCGAACAGCCACAGAUCUCGCUUUCGCUCUGCGCAGCAUCGGCGCCCUAGUAGAAAUCAUCGGGCCACCCAUCAGCGCAGUCACGCCUCAGAUCAUGGCUACGCUCAACAGCCACCUUCAGCCGGAUUCGCUCAGCCUGGCCACACUCGAAAGCUGGAAGAUCUUCAUCACAACCCUGCGCUUCGACGACAUUGGCCCCUUCGUCGGGCAGACCGCUGCGGCUCUACUCUCGGCUUGGGAUGACUUCAACCCCGAAAGGAAGAGGAUCGCCAUCUCCAUUCUCCACUACCUCAUCCUUGAGAAUGCCGCCUAUUUGAAGAAUUUCAUCGACGACAUUCCCAGCUUGGAUCGACUCGACGCCGAGAUUCCCGACAUCUGCCGCGGUCUGCGAGGUGUCAGAGAGACGUGGAACAACGACCGCCGUUUCCGGAACAUUCUCGAUCGCUCCUCCCACGAGAACACGUCCAUUUGCGUCGAAUCGCUGCGCGAAUUGCAGGCCUUCCUCGGAGAGGAGCGAGCCUACAUUGAGGCUCUGACGUCCGGUGACUCUUUCAGCCCUCUCGUUGGACAGUGCAUCCGCACGUUGAUGCACGUCUCUACCCGCAGCGAUGCCUCACAGGUCGACAUGCGCGACAUCUGCUUUCGCUGCUUCGGGUUGAUCGGCGCCGUCGAUCCGGACAGAAUCGAGCAUGCCGUCGAAGAGCCUGUCAGAAUCGUGCUGAGCAACUUUGAGGACCAAGAGGAGGCAAUCGAUUUCUCUCUUCACCUCAUUCGCGAUCUGCUCGUGCCUGCUUUCCGAGCCGCGACCGACACCACGCAGCAGAAUGGGCUUGCGUAUGCCAUCCAGGAGCUUCUCAAGGUGGCCGGGUUCAACAGUUCCAUCCUCGCCACGGGCUCCAAUGCGCGAACGGUGGGAAUCAAGACGAAGCAACGCCUGGCAGACUUGCCACAGGACGUCGUCGACACCAUCACUCCGCUGCUCGACUCGCGGUACGGCGCGCAAGUGGGCAAGCCGAGCGUCCGCGAAACGCCGAUAUACGCGCACUCGCGCUCGUACAGCGACUGGCUGCAGAGCUGGACGAGCCGCCUGAUCACCAAAACGGUGGAACGCUUCGACUCUUCGUCAGCUGCGCUUGCUGGCGCUGGUGCAGCCAAAAGCGCUGCAGGGGUUGCAUCGACUAUCUUCGGCGUAUUUCGCGUCGCCAUCCGCUCGCACGACGUCGGCAUUGCGCGGCAUCUGCUUCCUCACCUUGUACUCCACUCGAUCAUCUCUGGUGAUGCUAUGGACCGUGAAGCCAUCGUCGACGAGAUCCAGACAGUCCUGAGAGACCAGGUGGAAAGCCAGACCAACUACGAGCCCGAAAGGAAACUGUUGACUGCGCAGACGCUCUUUACCGUCAUGGACCACGUUGGCGUGUGGAUGAGGCGAAAGCGCCAAGUCCUCGCCAGGACUUCGCGCCGGCCCAGAGUCGCCCAAGGCGGAGAAGAAGUGCUGGCUACAGUCGAGUCGAUCAUGCUGCGCAUCUCUCAGGAGCUUCUGGCUCAGGCAUCACUGCAGUGCAAGGCAUACUCACGAGCGCUGCUCAAUUUUGAGCUGCGUGUCCGCGCGAUGCGGUCCGAAGGUAGAGGCGACCACGACUUGCAAGGCUACUAUGAAAACAUGCAUCGGAUCUAUGCUCACCUGGACGAACCAGAUGGCAUGGAGGGCAUCUCUACUAGGGUCAUUUCCCCGUCGCUCGAGCAUCAGAUUCGCGAGCACGAAAGCACGGGACGCUGGACCUCGGCACAAAGCUGUUGGGAAGUCGAGCUACAGCAGCGACCCGACGAUCCAGAACUCCACCUUGGGUUGCUGCGCUGCCUCCGCAACUUGGGCCACUACGACACCAUGCGCACGCACAUUCGCGGUGCGUUGAGCGCCCAUCCCGAGUGGGAGGACCUGCUGGACGCGUUCCGUGUCGAAGGCGCCUGCAUUCUCGGUGACUGGGACGAAGUGCAGGUGCGAACCCAACGCAACCAGGCCAAGAGUCCGGAGCACUCGAUCGGUCGCGCGCUGUUGGCGAUGCGACAGAAUGACGCCGAGGUGUUUGGGAAAGUGCUGGUGCAAGCACGACAGGACCUCGGCAAGCCGCUCGUUGCGGCUGGCAAGGCGUCAUAUCCGGCCGUCUAUGGCUCGGUGCUGCAUCUCCAUAUGCUGCAAGAGCUGGAGAUGAUUCGAUCGAAUGCACGGGCGCACGGCGGCGACCGCGUUGGUGCGUUGACGAGAGCCAUAGCCUCCGACACCGUUUCGGACCUCAAUCGAUCGCUUGCGGCGCGACUCAACGCGACGCUGCCUUCGUUCCGUACGCAAGAGCCUCUGCUCAGCUUGAGGAGAACUGCCUUUUCUGCGCUGCCGUGGUCGCCUGGAUCAGGAAAUGAAGUGGGUGAGGCGUGGAUUGCCACGGCCAAGAUCGCUCGUCGUGCUGGGCACAUGCAGACCGCCUAUUCUGCCACCUUGCAAGCGACGCAGAACCAGGCAACGUUCGCCUUUGUGCAGAGAGUCAAGCUUCUCGCCAAAGAGGAACAGACGCACGCCGCCAUUCGCGACUUGGUCAACUCGCUCAACACCUUGACCAGCUCCUUCAAGCCUGGUCAGAUCGGCGACAUUUCGAAGACAGGCCUGAUCGAGCUGCAGCAGACGGACGCCGAGGGCAGGACGCUUCGGAUCGAUCGCGCCGCAUUCGCACGAGCCUGCCUGCUGCGCGCACGACUUCAAGAUUCGACGUUUCGCUACACCGCGAACGAGAUUCUCGACAGAUACAAAGAGGCAGCCAAGGAGCAGAACAGCUCGGAAAAGAUGUGGUACCAUCUCGGACACUUCCAGGACACGCACGAGGGCCUGUUGCCCAAUGUGACGAUGCAGCGCUACAAUGUCUGUCGAGCCUUCCUGCGAUCGGCUCAGGUUGGCACCAAGUUCUUCUAUCGAACACUGCCCAGGGUCUUGACUAUUUGGAUGGACUUGGCUGCGGACGAAAAAAUUCUGGCCUACAGCAAGAAAGGCAGCACCAAUGACCCGGAGCUCGCCCAAAAGGUGGAUGCCUUUUCGCAGCUCAACACGUUGAUGAAGAAGUUUAGCCGACGACUGAAGCCGUUCCAGUGGCUUGCCGUGUUUCCACAACUGGUGGCUCGUAUCGUGCAGAAGAACGAGGACGCCUGGUUGGUGCUGCAAGACAUGAUCCUCCAGGUUUUGCUAGCGUAUCCGCAACAGGCCAUGUGGUCAAUGGUGGCUGGCGCCAGCUCGAAGGACGCGGAAAGGAAGCGGCGCUACAACGAAAUGAUCCAGCGUCUAGGAUCUAGGAGUAGCUCGAGCUACAAGGAAGUCGUCAAGGUGGUUUCGUCAUCACAGCGUCUUGCCAAAGAGCUUUUGAGACUCUGCGACUACAACGUGGGCAAGAACGAGACGGUGCUGAGCAUGGAGCGGCUGUUUCCAGGCUUGCUCGAGGUGGCCAACACGUCGGAGCUGCUGUUGCCGCUGCAAAGCUCGAUGACGGUGCUGCUUCCUUCGAAUCACUUGAUCUCUGAGGAGCAUCGCCCAUUUCCGCCGAAUCUGCCGACGAUCAGGACAUUCGAGGACACGAUCGAGGUGAUGAACAGCCUGCAGAAACCACGCAAGGUGAUGAUUGUGGGCAAUGAUGGUAACCGAUAUCCGUUCCUAUGCAAGCCGAAGGACGACCUGCGCAAGGAUGCGCGGUUGAUGGAGUUCGAUUCCAUGAUCAACAAGCUGUUGCAGAGUCAGCCCGAAUCGCGAAAGCGGAAGCUGUACGUGCGGACGUACGCGGUGCUAAUUCUCAACGAGGAGCACGGACUGAUCGAAUGGGUGCCGCACACGGUAGGAUUCCGACACAUCCUCACCAAGCUGUACAAUGCCAAAGGGAUACAGAUCUACACUUCCGAGGUGAAAAGCAACAUGGACGAGGCGCGCGUCUCGCCGGAUCCCAGGACAACGGAGAAAAUCUUUCAAGACCGGGUGUUGGCCAGCUUCACGCCAGUGUUCCACGAGUGGUUCCUGGCCACAUUCCCGGACCCGAGCGCAUGGCUGCAGGCGCGCUCUGCGUAUGCACGGACAGCAGCGGUCAUGUCGAUGGUGGGCUUCGUGCUGGGUCUAGGCGAUCGUCACGGUGAGAACAUUCUGUUCGACUCGGUGAGCGGAGACACGGUGCACGUCGACUUGAACUGCCUGUUUGAUAAAGGCCAGCGGUUCGAGAUCCCAGAGCGAGUCCCGUUCCGAUUGACGCAGAACAUGGUGGACGCGAUGGGCGUGACCGGCUGCGAUGGCGUCUUCCGCAAGAGCGCCGAGAUCACGAUGGGCAUUCUUCGCGACAAUCGCGACUCGCUGAUGAGCGUGCUGGAGGCGAUGGUACACGAUCCGCUAGGCGAAUGGAGCAUCCCGGAAGAUCGACAUCGAUCCAAGACGUCAUCGAAGCGGCACGAGGCACGUGCGGACGACCCACGUGUGGUGGAAGCGCGGCGUGCACUGGACCCGGUGGCCAACAAGCUGGACGGAAGGCUGUAUCGGCUGGGUUCACGCGAGCCGACGCCGCCUUACUCGACGAACAAUCUGGUCGACGCACUGAUCAAGGAGGCGACGAGCCCGGUCAACCUGGCAAAGAUGUACAUUGGUUGGAGCAGCUGGCUCUGA